UGACGCUCCUGCGACUGUCGCUGGCUUCACAGAGCAGCUGGACCGAGAGAAGACGCAGCAGAAGGGAGACAGAGAGACGGAGAGACGGAGAGAGAGACAGACGGAGGGACAGACGGGUCUGGCGCUAAUGCUGUGGUGUGAGAUGGUGGCGUCAUGCGGAGUAAAGCCGAGGAUCCUGAGAGAGCACCUGACCGCCGCAGCCUCUCCAAAACAACACCAGAACGGACAGAUUUAACAGCCAGCAGUUAAUAUAUGCGCAUACAUACACACGCACUUAUCCCUCGUUAUUGAGUAUUGGUUUUGCAGAGGUAUGGCAGGUGUGGACUUCAUGUCCCGUAUGCGGUCGGUGCUGCGGCGGGAGCGGUGGGACCGGGACUGGAGCGAUUCGGCCCCGCUGGACGAAGAGCUGGCGGAGGAGGACAGCCCCCGCUUCAGCAGGCUGAAGGUGGUGGUCUCCGGAGAGAUGGACGACUACACGGCGGCGUCCUCCAACGGCACGGCCGUAAACACUUUCGUCACCAACGCCGACGAUGACGAUGAGUCUCUGCUUGGCUUGUCGUCCAGCCCGGGCAGCCCGGGCGUCGCCGUGGAAACAUGUGAGAGCUGCGCGAAGAAGAAAGAGCGGCACAAGCGGAGCCGGGUGAUGAGGAAGCUGGCGCUCGCCGCCGUGCUUUACUUCCUGUUCAUGAUAGGAGAACUCGUAGGUGGUUAUAUAGCCAACAGUCUGGCGAUAAUGACGGACGCUCUGCACAUGCUGACCGACCUGGUCGGUAUAGUCGUGUCCCUGCUGGCUCUCUGGCUCUCUGCCAAACCCCCUACCAACAGAUUCACCUUUGGCUUCCAGCGUCUGGAGGUGAUGUCUGCAGGGAUCAGUGUUUUGUUGAUCUACAUUCUGACUGGAGUUCUGCUGAAUGAGGCAGUGCAGAGAACGCUCCACCAGGACUUCACCAUCGACGGGGAUGUGAUGCUGAUCACGGCUGCAGUGGGCGUGGCUGUUAACCUGAUAAUGGGCUUCCUGCUGAACCAGUCGGGUCACCUGCACUCUCAUACACACUCUCAUGGCCACACACACUCCCAGCCGUCAGCGCAGGGUCAGCAGGGUGAUGGCAGCCUGGCGGUGCGGGCAGCGUUUAUCCACGCACUGGGGGACCUGGUGCAGAGCAUCGGUGUUCUAAUCGCAGCUUACAUUGUCCGAUUUAAGCCGGAGUAUAAACUGGCUGACCCCGUGUGCACAUACGUGUUCUCCGUGCUGGUGCUGGUCACCACGUUCCACAUCAUUAGAGACACCGGCCUCAUACUGCUGGAGGGUGUUCCUCGGCACCUGGAUGUGAGUGUGAUGAAGGCUGAUUUGUUGAAGUUGGAGAAUGUGGAAGCAGUAGACGAGCUGAAGUUGUGGGCGCUAACAGCUGAUAAAACUGCAGCCAUCGCUCACCUGCAGCUCACACCGGGCAGUGUGGGGAUGUGGGAGGAGGUGCAGGUGAAAGUUCGUCAUGUCUUGAUGAGGUCAUACGGUGUGUCUCACUGCACUGUGCAGCUGCAGAGCCGCAGGCAGGGGGCGCCACACACCUGCUCCAACUGCCUACUGAGUGCCUGAAUUCACACACGCUUACACACACACUCACGCACCAAGCAUCAACUUCACGUCGCUACUGUGACAGUAGAUGUGUUGCUAUGCAACCACAGAGCCCAAGCCAAAGGCAGCGGAGUGACUGUCCAGCCAAAAUGGAAUUUUAACCAAUGCCCGACGUCCAGCUGUUUCCUAACUCCAGGGUGAACUUAACUCACUUUUGAUAAAGAAAUCUUCCAUACUGUUCUGUAAAGAGUGGAAUGGCCACUUUUUUGUUUGUUUGGACCACAUUGUGUGGUUUAAUUUUAUUUUUGAUAAUCUUCUGGGAUGAGAUGUUGAGUCUUUCCAGCUCAUCCUUCACAAGCACAAGAGUUUACUAAAUCAGCUGUGAUCUGAUGGAGAUGUUAACCCACCAAGCCAAACUGGGCUCCCCUGAAGCUCCUGGUCCACUCCUCUCCAGCCUGUCUCAGAGAGCCUGGAUUUGGUUUACACUUAGUGUUAUACUGACUGGAUAGUUUAAGCUCAAAGUGAUGGCUGUCGCUUCGUGGCUUUAAGCUUCAGUGAUUCAGCUAACUGUAAAAUCCUGCUCUGUGAAAUGUUGCUUAAGGUCCAUAUAAGUGCUCGCUUCACUGUUUUCCCUGCUUUAACACAUCUGAUUCAGAGAAGUCAUGACCGUCGUGUUGAAGGUUAAAUCAGGUGUGCUGAGCCAGGAAAACCCAGUUAGCCGGAUAACCCUUUAAACGAACCCUUUAUCAAGGUCUGAGUUUGGUCCACUUCAGUUCUUACGCAUUAGUUUAAUAGCAGAUACUGAUGAAAUAGCAGUAGAUACUCACUAAUUUAAAGUGGGUACUCAGUAAAGGGAAUAAUGAAGGCUUGUAUUCUGGAAGGGGAUGAGUUGAAAGUCAAGCCUGUCUAAUAGGAAGGAGCAGUAGCUGAGGAACAAUUCCGGUGGGACAGUCCUCAUUCUGGGCUUAAGGAGUGCAGCUAAACUGAGAUCUCGCUUUGUGAAACAUCCCUCAGGGGAAGCACUGCACUAAACUACAGCUGCUCUGGCUCCACAUUAACCUAGUCUUGCUCUAGACUAAGCCAGUCUAGCUGUAGCCUACCAAAGCCAGUCUGAUUCAAGGCCAAGCUGAUUGAUUUCUGGCUAAUGAAGCCAGUCUGGCUCAGCAAAUGUAGCCUGGCUCAGGGCUAUUCUGGCUAUAGCCUGUGCUAGUCUGCCUCUAGUAUAAACUAGUUUUGGUCUAGGAUAAACUGUAGUUUGCCAAAGCUGGCUCUAGUUUAGCCUGGCCUAACUCUGGGGUAAGGUCGUCUGGCUCUAGACUAACAGACAUCGUCUGAUUCUAGGAUAAGCAAGAUAUGCUCCUGGCCAAUUAAGCUCGUCUGGCUCUAGUCUAGGCCAAUGGAGCUCGUCUGGCUCUAGUCUAGGCCAAUGGAGCUAGACUGGCUCUAGUCUAGGCCAAUGGAGCUAGACUGGCUCUAGUCUAGGCCAAUGGAGCUAGACUGGCUCUAGUCUAGGCCAAUGGAGCUAGACUGGCUCUAGUCUAGGCCAAUGGAGCUAGACUGGCUCUAGUCUAGGCCAAAGGAGCUAGACUGGCUCUAGUCUAGGCCAAUGGAGCUAGACUGGCUCUAGUCUAGGCCAAUGGAGCUAGACUGGCUCUAGUCUAGGCCAAUGGAGCUAGACUGGCUCUAGUCUAGGCCAAUGGAGCUAGACUGGCUCUAGUCUAGGCCAAAGGAGCUAGACUGGCUCUAGUCUAGGCCAAUGGAGCUAGACUGGCUCUAGUCUAGGCCAAUGGAGCUAGACUGGCUCUAGUCUAGGCCAAUGGAGCUAGACUGGCUCUAGUCUAAGCCAGUCUUGGGUAAUGAAGCUAGUCUAGCUCUAGUCUAGAUUAGUUUGGCUCUAGACUAAGUUGGUCUGGUGCUUGGCUACCAGGAUGUGGUCAUCAGUCUCCAAGCCACCACAAGCUCAACCUGCUUUCUCUUUCAACUGACACGUUGCAAAUGCUGACCGAAUUGUUAAAACAUGCAAGUGACAAUCGGACCGCUGUAAAAAUCCUGCCUUCCGCUGCGUUUCUCUCCGUGCCACAUAAACCUCAGCUCAGCGGGAAGCACCGAGAACCACAAUGCAAAAGAAGUUUGGAGGGAGGGUGCACGUGCCUUUUCCGGAAAACCGCUGUGCGAGAAAACUUUGUGGUACCAACAGAUUGUCACGUUCGCCAGACUCGACUCCAAUCAAUGCCUUUUUAAUCACUUAAUUUUAUUUGAUGUUUACUUUUCAGAAAAAAAAGUUUAGUUGCAGAUUUGAUGUUUGUUUGCGUAUCACACAUAACUCAACUAUAUUUUUUGUAUUUUGUUGUUUUAACUUUAAUUUUGUAAUUAAGUUCUGAUAUUUUGCACAUUCUCCUAACUUGAACAGUAAUGAAUUCCUCAUUUUUGCAGUGUUGGUGUUGAGGAGCGUUUGGAGUGGGCUCGGAACGAUCUGCACUCUGAGUUAAGCUCCUGAUAACUUGAAAUAAACCUGUUUUAAAGGCCUGCACAUUAAA